AUGGGUGUAUGUAUCGUCCUGGGCUGGUUGGUACUGGUCCUGACUGGCCACCAGCUGACUGAGGGAACCAGUCUGCAGCUUUCAGGGGACUACUCCAUCUCGUGUUUCUUUCCGCUCCACAAUUUAGCCACCUCCAGCUCCAACCUACCAGACCUGGGAGCCUGCGAAAAAGGGAAAUCUAAUAAACAUGGCUAUCAUUUGAUACAAGCCAUGAGAUUCGCUGUGGAGGAGAUCAACAAUGGCACAAAAAACCAACAUCUUCUCCCAGGGGUGACGCUGGGUUACCAGGCGUAUGACAUCUGCAAUACACCAGCCAGUGUCCUGGCCACUCUGGACCUGCUGGCCCAACAGUUACAAGGAACUUCAGGAAACAAGACAGGUGGUGACCAGAGAGCAGUGGCAGUGAUUGGGCCUGAUAGUAGCAGUUACACCUUCACCCCGGCUGCAAUGCUGGGCUCCUAUCUGGUGCCACAGAUAUCCUAUGAAGCCACAAACGAAUUGCUGAGCAACAAGCACCUCUACCCAUCCUUCUUCCGCACCAUCCCCAGUGACAAGAACCAGGUGGACGUCAUGAUCCAGCUGCUGGUGCGUUUUAACUGGACCUGGAUCGUUCUACUGGGCAGCGAUAACUCCUACGGCCUCCAGGGCAUGCAGAGGCUCUCCCAACAGGCGGCCUACUACGACAUCUGCAUCGCCUACCAAGGAGUCAUCCCCGACCUCACCACGGCCACCAACCAGACCAUGAGGAGCAUAGUCAAGGACAUCUUGAAGACCAAGGUCAACACUAUUGUUGUGUUCUCCAGCAAAAGCAAAGUUAGUGGGUUCUUCCCAUUUGUCAUAGAGCAGGGUGUAACUGGUAAGGUGUGGAUAGGGACAGAGGACUGGUCAGUGGCCACUCUAGUGUCGGGGAUACCAGGGAUUCACACCAUCGGGACUGUUCUAGGUGUCUCCAUCAAAUACGCAGCCAUAGCUGGGUUUGAGACGUUUGAAAGCCAUGUUGUUGCGAAGUUACUUAGAAACAACUCCAAUGGCGUGGUUGACCUGAGGGUUGAAUGUUUGCAAAAUACGGAUCUCUAUAGCAUGGCAGUAAAAAACGUAUCUUUGGAUGGCUAUGACAUGACAUCCUCUUAUAAUGUUUACAAGGCUGUAUAUGCUGUGGCCCAUGCACUGCACCAAGCACUUGGUUGUGACUCAGGUGAAUGCCAAAAGAUUCAAGUACAACCUUGGCAGCUUCUGCCACUGUUAAAGCAGGUGAGAUUCUCUGUUGAGAACUCCUCUGUGUACUUUGAUGAGAACGGAGACCCGCCCACAGGAUAUGACAUCGUGACCUGGAUUUGGAGGGGAACAGAGUGGUCUCUCCGAGUGGUGGGCUCUUACACUCCAGACCCCACUGACCUCACAGUGGACCCUGCUCAAAUUGAAUGGGCUAGUGACAUUGACAACCUGGGAAAAGUGCCUGCAUCAAUAUGCUCUCCAGAAUGCCCUACAGGUCACAGGAAGCUGCAGACAGGACAACACAAGUGCUGCUUUGACUGCCUGGCCUGUCCUGCUCACACCUUCCUCAACAGUACCGGAUCUACCUGGUGCCAGGUGUGUGAGCUCCACCAGUGGUCCACAGAAGCGAGCAAGGUGUGUCUGGAUCGGACGGUCCUGCUGCUGGCUUGGGACGCCCCCCUGUCUCUUGCCCUGCUGCUCCUCCUGGCUCUGACCCUGUUCAUGACCCUUGGGUCAGGGGUCGUCUUCCUCCUCAACCUGGGCACCCCUGUGGCCAAGUCGGCUGGCGGGCGCACCUGCCUGGUGAUGCUUCUGGCCCUAACCGCGGCGGCCGCCAGCACCCUGUGCCACUUUGGCCUCCCGUCUCGGCCCGCCUGCCUCCUCAAGCAGCCCCUCUUCGUCUUCAGCUUCACCGUGUGUCUGGCGUGCGUCACCGUACGCUCCUUCCAAGUGGUCUGCAUCUUUAAGCUGUCUUCCAAGCUGCCCCGUGCCUAUGAUACCUGGGCUAAGAACCACGGGCCUGAAGUCACCGUCCUUGUCGUGUCCAUGACAGUGUUGUUGAUCUCUGUGCUCCGGGUUGCUCUAAACCCCCCGUACCCCUCCCAGGACGUGGCCUUCUACUCCAACUGCAUUGUCACAGAGUGUAGUAACACCCUCUCUUUCGGUGCCAUGAUAGAACUAGCCUACGUCUCUGUGCUCAGCAUGCUCUGUUUCUCCUUCAGUUACAUGGGCAAAGACCUGCCAGCCAACUAUAAUGAGGCCAAGUGUAUCACCUUUAGUCUCAUGGUCUACAUGAUCUCCUGGAUCAGCUUCUUCACCAUCUAUUUUGUCACAAGGGCAGAGUUUGCCAUGGCCAUGCAUGUGCUGGCCAUAGUGUCCAGUGUGCUCGGUAUACUCGGUGGUUAUUUCAUGCCUAAGGUCUACAUCAUGGUGCUGAGGCCCCAAAUGAACACAACGGCCCAUUUCCAAAACUGUAUUCAGAUGUAUACCAUGAACAAACAGUGA